GUAACUGCGGGAGAGAAGCUAAUUGCACUUUUGAUAAGGAUAAGCAUGAAACAUGCAUUUGCAAAGAAGGUUACAGGCUAGGAUCUCUAGGUUUUUGUGUAGUUUGUGAAUGUAAGAAUGGAGAAUGUGUUCAAAAUGCAUACGGGGAAUCAAUAUGUCAAUGUCCACCUGGAUAUGCUAUUUUUCUCCUACUAUAUGCGCCGUUUGUAGAUGUACGAAUGGUGAAUGUGCUCCAAAUGCCAAAGGGGAAAGAUUAUGCCAGUGUCCACCGGGAUUUGCUCAUUACUAUUAUUUUGAAUGCAGAGAAUGCAAUUGUGGCGAAGGGAAAAACUGCACCUUCGGUGACUAUGUUAAGGUAAAAAAUGAAAGGUUCAAAGAACAAAUCUGCAUCUGCAAAGAAGGAUUCGAAGGCACAGGAAUCACUUGCGCAGGCGGCACAUGUGCUUUGAACGAGAAAGGAGAAGACAUAUGUGAAUGUCCACCUGGUUUCAGCCUGUAUAUGGGGAAUAAGUGUAAAGGUAUGUGA